CAUCAACCCCCGAAGAUACGAAAAAUGGUGAAACGGAUUCAGCAACAGCAAAUCCUACAGCAUCAAUUCGCGUGCCAUCAAGGCGAGCUGUCAGCUUUCCCUCAGGACGCGAAGGAAUGUUUCAGAGUUUUGGAUCAGCAUUUAAUCAAUUCAACGAACAGGAACCUCAUUAUGUGGAACAUGAGUACAGUAGAAGUAGCGGAGAGGCCGUUCUUGAUCCAAUAGUUGAAGAAAGCCAAGACAAUAACCGAGAACUUCCGUCGCCAUCAACUCCAAGAACUCCACGACCACAUGCUAUGUCGUUUAGUCCAUCCGUCCGAAGAUUUCCCCGCAGCCGCCCUCCAUUUCCAGGAUCUUAUUCUGCCUCUUAUUCAAGUGAAAGAAUUCCGUGGAAUACAUUACGACAGUAUAAUGAUAGUUUGAUGAUUGGAUCACCUCAAUCCUACUACCUUGAUGAUGGUG